ACUACUAUGUUUAUAUUAUUGGUUAGUUCUAACUCUAUACAGCUUGUUAACUCUGGAUCUAAUUUUGGCGUAUUUUCCAUUGAGAAAAACGAUGGCAAACAAAAAUUACAAAAUCACAAUUAGCCCAUUCGUUAAUCAUCCACCAUGGCGUCAAUUAUACUUAGGUUCCGUUCCAAAGAUGGGAUGUUCCGUAUCAAUACAUCCUCAGAUUCCGAUUUUGUUUCCGUUCUAGAACAGUUACUCACUAAAUUGUCGUCGGCAGUUAAUUCCCAAUCAUUGUUACUUUCCAAUUCACCAUCACAAAAAGGUGAACCCGCCAAAGGUUACUGCGGUAAAACCGUACAGGAAUUAGGACUAAAGAACGGAGACAUGUUGUUUGUAUCAUACGAAACCGCAAUUGACCCAAAUGCAGUUCCAACUUCUACACCUACAGUUCCAAUAACUACCACCAACCUUGGCCCAACUAAAGUCCAAGAACUCCCAAUUGACAUUGCCCUUGAUAAGCAAGAAGGAUUAAUUGCUCGUCCACUUUCGUCUAUGUGUCGACACGGUGCCCGUGGGAUGUGCGAAUACUGUGCUCCACUUCCACCAUGGGAUGAAAACUAUCGUAGUGAACACGCCAUCAAACAUAUUUCUUUCCAUGCCUAUCUCAAACAACAAGCGGAGAAACACAAGAAUAAUGGCGGAUCAUACAUUGCUCCUUUGGAAGAACCAGAUUAUAAAAUCGACUUGCAUUGUCAACAAGGACACCAACCUUAUCCUAAGGGUAUUUGUUCUAAAUGUCAGCCUAGCCCAAUCACGUUACAACAGCAAAAGUUUAGAAUGGUUGACCAUGUUGAAUUUGCCGAUUCGUCAAUAUUGAAUGAGUUUCUUAACGGAUGGAGAAGUACCGGUGUGCAAAGAUUUGGAUACUUGUAUGGAAGAUAUGAAGCGUUUGAUAAGGUUCCCCUUGGAAUCAAAGCAGUUGUCGAACUGAUUUAUGAACCUCCUCAAGUUGGUGAAUUUGAUGGAGUUACUCUUUUAAAUUGGGAUGAUGAACAGCAAAUCGAUGCCAUUGCUUCCAAAUUGGGAUUAACUAAAGUAGGAAUUGCGUAUACAGAUUUGACUGAUUCAGGAAGAAAAGACGGUACUGUGUUGUGCAAAAGACACAAGGAUAGUUAUUUCUUGACGAAUCUUGAAUGUAUCAUGGCUGCCAGAUUCCAGCACAAGUAUCCGAAUGUGACCAAGUAUACCCUGAGUGGGAAAUUUUCCUCCAAAUUUGUGACUUGUGUUGUUAGUGGUGGAUUAUUGGGGGAGAUUGAACCUCGACUGUAUCAAGUUUCAACUGGAGCAGAAGCAUUAGUGGAAGCAGAUAUAAUCACUGGAUGCACUCAACCAUCUAUGGUUUAUGUCAAUGAGAACAGUUCCACUAGAUAUGUUCCUGAUAUUCAAUACUCUAAGAUUAACGAAUAUGGCUUAGAAGUUAAGAGUAAUGCCAAACCAACGUUCCCAGUUGAUUUCUUGUUAGUUUCACUCACAGAUUCUUUCCCUGUUGAUCCAACGCCGAUGUUCACCAGUGAAUACCAUUACACAAUUGAGAAUCGAGAAUUUAUGGGCGAUGUUCAAGAUUUAUCUACUGUGUACAAGUACUUGAAUGGAGGAGACUACGAAGUGAGAAAAGCCAAACUAUGCAACUUCCAUUUCUUGUGUCAUUUAGCCAGAUUGAAUAUUUUGGGACCUCAAGAAAUGGAGUCAAUAUUCAAGUUUAUUGUUGACAAGAAUGAAGAUGAUUAUAUUAGAUUGGUUGAAAGUCCUGGUUGGAUGUCGUUGAUUACAAUUUUAGAAGAGAAUAAGUAGAAUAGCAAACUCAACUAUCAGAUGUGACACGUGAAUCAUCCGUAUUCCAUGGUAUCUGCGGAGUAGUUAUUGGGUUAUGUUGCUCCUCUCCCGUGGUAGCCUAUAUAGAAGCUUCUCGAAUGCCGUGGAACCCGCACGACUUUUUUUUUUUUUAAUUGUGAUGUGACGCAGACAGUCAGACAAAAAAAAUUACACUCCUCAACGUUGCAAUUCCAUCAACAACAAAGAGAAAGAAAAAAAAAGUUUUUUUUCACUUUUUGGUGGCCAUUUCCCUCUUCCCUCUCUUUUAUACUCCAAAUAUACAAAGAACUAUAC